GCUGGGCCGGGUCAGAUUCGAGCAUGGCCGGGAAGCGGAGCGGGGAGGGUGGCGAGCGGAGCGGGGAGCCUGCGGCCAAGCGCGCCUGUGGCCCGCCGGACGAGGAGUUCAAUGGCGCCCGCUUCAAGGCGUUGCUGCGGGACCCCGCGGCCGCCGCCAAGGGGCUGGAGACCUUCGUGUCCGUCGCCAAGACGCUGCCCUCGCCCGAAGUGUACGAUGUCGUGGAGGGAUACGUGAAAAUUUCCAUGGAGUGUGCUGAGAUAUUCAAGCUUCUCGAUGGAGAAAGGAAGCCUGAAAGUGAAAUGCUGUUAAUCUUUCAAGCUCUAGAAGCCAUUUUACUGAGGACAGCCAGCGACCUCUCACAUUUUUCUGUUGUGGGAAUGAACAUUGUCAAGAAGUUGAUUCAUUCCUAUAUGAAACUGGUCUAUGCUGCUUUGUAUUCUGAAAAUCACAGGAUGAGUCAAGGGUGCCUUUGUCUGUUGUCAGCAAUGGUGGCUCAGGGCCCGGAUUCAGCAAGGGAUGUAUAUAGUCAUUUUGAUUUCAAUAACAAAUACCUGCCUGGAUUGUUGAAAAGAAAAAGUAUGAAGGGGAGAAUAGAUGUCCGCAUGGCCUACAUUCAGUUUGCUCUCUCCUUUCUCAUUGCUGGGGACAAUGCAGUCUUGGCACAGGUGCUGGAAUUAAAAGAUUUCAUUCCAGGUAUUCUUCGCUCUGGAAUAAAGGAAGACAGAGUUUCUACUGUCAGUCUUCUACUUUCCACACUGAGAACUAAGGUGGUUCAUAACAAAAACAUCAGCAAAACGCAGAAGGUGCGUUUUUUCACUGCGGAAGUCUUGCUUCACAUCGCUUCACUGUACUCCUGGAAUGGGAUUACUGAUGUCAGCCCUGAGGAUUUAAAGGUGGCUCGAGGUUCUGAGGAGGUGGGAAAAGCAAUGGUACGAGAACUUGUGCACAGUUUCUUAAUGGACCUCUGCUGCUCUCUGAAACAUGGCAUAACGUUCCAUGAUCCAAGUCUUGGAACUUCUGGCAAGGGAGGAAAUGUGGUGCUUCUGCACUUCUUGCUUGGUUUGAAAACUGCAACAGAAGAUGAAAUGGUUGCUGAUCUCAUGGUGAAUAUUCUCAAAGUAUGCCCAGAUUUACUGAAUAGAUACUUCAAGGAGACCCAGUAUUCCUUUGUUCCUAGAGUGAUGUCAGCUUGGAUGGAAAACAUGAAGUUACUCAAGAAGAUCUAUGAGGCUCAACCAGAGAUCUCCAAGUCUUUUAAGACUUCAGAAUUUAUUCCUCUUCCCAGAUUGCUUUCGAUGGUGAUGGUAACAACAGUCCCUGCAGUGUGCAAUAAAAUAAUGUUCACCCAGGGGUUAAAUUUGCCCAGCACAGAGGUGAAGCACAGCAUCCUGUCACUGGUAUCCAUGGUGCUGAGAAGAGCCCUGAGGAACAUUGAGCACUGUUUGUCUGAGGAAACCUGGCAAAAGUCACAGAUCUACACGCUGCCAGCAGUGCAGGAGUUUGUGCAGCUCUACAGAGAAGCUGUCAGCAAGGUUUUACCAGACAUGAAUAGUAUCGUGGCUGUCUGGCAGUCCCUUCUGAAGCAAGAGAGAGAACACAACGACAGCCCAGCAGAGAAAAAGGAAGGUGAUGUCUCCACUGUGAAGGCAGCGACCGAGGCAGAAGCUGCUGAGCAGCAUGGUUCAGAUGAUGCUGAGACGCUGCUUCUGAAAGCUGCACUGCUUCAGGUCAUAUGUCUUUAUCAGAAGGUUGUGCCCCACUUGGUAGCACGGAGCAACUUUGAUUUUAGCAAGCUGCUAAAAGGUAUAGUCACUGAGAAGGGCCUGCGGGAGGAGGUCCCUCCUCUUCUGCAGCACCAUAUCCUAAAAGUGGCUUUGGAACUUCCUGCCAACAAAUUUGCCUGGUUCAGAGUACAGGACAUCUCUGAAACAGAGAAGAUACCUGGUGAAAAAUCAGUUUUCUAUUUAUUGAUGAAAAUGUUUGUUACAAGUACCAACUCUCAUCUGAAAACUUCCACCAAAAAAUUAAUCAUCAAGGUUUUACGUGACAGUGGAGUGUUUGAGUACACAUGGAAGGAACUUUCAAUUUGGCUGGAACACUUGGAUAAUACAAAAGAAGACCAGAUGGAAGCAGUGAUUCAGUUUUUGGAAAGGGUCCUGCUGAAGCUGGUGACAAACCCCUAUCCCUACACAGACAAGGCAGCCGACCUGGUUCAGGAAGCCAGCAUGCUCCAGGUGGCUGUGUUUAAACAGGACUCUGAUAACAUCAGCAUCCCCAUCUCUCACAUCGAUGAUGUCCUGGAUAUGGUGGAUGUCCUGAUCGAGGGCAGUGAUGGCUUAGAUGAAGAAAUUGGGUUCUCUUUAAAUGAAGACAUGAUUAUCCAAACAUUUCCCUUCAGUGCUCUCGUCCCUGCUGCAUUAGAAGCCAGGAAUAUACUGUUGCUUCAGUCUGAAAGUGGAACAGGAGCACACAUCGUGGAGUACCUUGUUGCUGUUUUCACGGACCUCCUGCACUCUCAGAGAGAACCCCUUGCUCUCUGCUUGAUGUUCCAGAACUAUGAUAAAGAUCUUAAGGCCCUGAAAGUUGCUAAGUAUCCUCAGCUCUACCAGUUUAACCAGUACUAUAAACUCUGGAUACCCAAGCAAUCUCAGGAACAUGUGUUUAAAAACCACAAGGAAGUAAGCGAAGAACCUACUGAGGCACUGGAUUCUGUAUUUACCACUUUGCUAAAGAGCGCCUAUGAGAGAGGAAGCAAUGCCUUAUUGGAAGAUGGUGUUCAAACAAAACUGAGAGCCUUGGCUUCCUUGGCCCCACCUGACCAGCUUUUGUUGGGAAUAAAGCACGUGCUGCUAUACCUGAAAUCCACAGUGGAGAACUUCAGCAGUCUUGGUAAAACCUUGGGUCCUCAACUCGUUGACCUCUAUGUGGACAUGCUGAGCAUCUUCCUGUGCCGGGCCAAUCAAAUAAAGCUGGAUCAUCAGCAGAAGCAGGAAGAGCAUCAGGCUGAGUCGGAUCUCGUUCUGGAUGAGGAGUCUCUGAUGACAGAAGUGUCCUCAAAUGACAAGACACUGGAGGAUACACUCACCUUGAUUUUCAGACAUCCUACACUGGAGAGCUGGUUCCUGGCCUUAGAGCUGCGCUCUAUUCCUCAGCCUGGUUUGAACCCUGUCACUGUGAAGCUCCUGUCAGCUCACCUCAAUUCCGGGGUUCUUCAGCUGCUGAAGACAGGUGCCCCCAUCCUGCAGAGCAUCACAACAGAUCACAGACAUGUGUUGUCCAAGUAUUUCGAAUCUAUCACAAAAGGGGUCCUGGAGGAGCUGCAGACUGUGGGGAAGGAUAGAAGCCAGGCCUAUCCCAGGAAGUCUCACCAGCUGCAGGCUCUGGAGGAGCUGCACAUGUACAUGACCGCAGAUCAGCUGAAGGAGAUCACUUUGACCAUGCUGCGACUUCCUGAGAUGAUCCUGACUGCUCAGAAAUCUGAAAAAUCCCCUGAAAAAGGGAAACAGUUAAGCUUCUAUGUACAAAUUUUGGUGCAGCUCCUUACAGACAGCUACCAAAGGCAUCAGCAGCAAGGAGAACUUCUGCUAUCCACAGAGCACAUUAAAGCUUUGGGGACGUUGAUGUCAGCAUCGGCCAGCAAAGAUUUGGAGAAAGUUUUCCUUCAGGCUCUCCAAAGUGAGCCUGUCCUUGCUCUUGCAGUCGGUGUCGAGGUGCAGGCUCACUGCCUUGCCCAGUGCUCACACACCUCCCUGGCCAUUGUGGCUGUGCUGAUCCAGCACUCCAGGACUCACCUGCUGCAGUUUGAGCUCUGGUGUCUGAGCAGUGCUGCUGGGAAGUACCUCAGGAAACACACGGAGAGCUUUCUUCCACUCGUCAAUGUGUAUUUGCAGUGCAGAGACCAGUAUGGUUUCAGCCGACCUUCCACAGUAGUCUCGGCUGUCACGCCUGUCCUGAGGAAAGCCCUGUGGAAGGAGCUCUGCGCUGGAAUUCAGGACACUGGAGCAUCGCAUGAGGCCGCUGUGAAACUGCAAAUUCUUUCAAAGUUGUUGCCACCUUUGGAAAGCAAAAGGCUGCACAACCUUAUGGAGCAGCUUCCUGCUGCUCUGGAGAGAGCAGGGAAUGAGCAGAGUUGGGCUGUGGCAGAUGCCAUAUCCAGAGUGCUUAAAAACCCGGAGGAGCUGCAUUCCUGGAGGAGACAUCUCCUGUCGGCCUGCAUGAAGGGGUUAGUUGCCAUGUACAGCAGUAGUAAAGAUGAAAGCAAGCAAGAAGUGGAGAGGUCCAUGCUGCUGAGGCUAGAGGAAUUACUGUGUGUUGUUGAAGAAGUGGACCCAGAUGACUGGUGCAGCCUUGUGAAGACAGGACUCAAGUACCGUUACAGAGAUGAAACAUUUCUGAGGGUCCUGAAUGUUGCCAUCCAGUUGCUCUACAAGAAAGAAUCCUCAGUCAGUCAGAGCUUAAUCAAGCUCUCCAAAAUUCACAUGAUGGUCACACAGCACUCUCUAUUUUUGUCGGCCAUUCUGAGGUCAAGAGAAGAGGGUGACAUGAAUAUCCAGACAAGAGAGGCGCUGGUGGACAUUCUGCUGACAGCUGUGCAGCUCAGCCCCUCUCUCUGUGCGAGCAGUCACCUCCCAGUGCUGCUGGGAGCCUACGGGGCCACGCUGAGCACCGUGGAUCAGAAGAUACUGCUGCUGCUUCAGUUGUAUGAGAAGAAUAAUCAAAGUCUUAUAAACUCCAGGAUCCUGCUGUGGGGUCCAGCUGCUGUGGAGCAUCAUAAGACUUGCAAGAGUCUUGGGAAGUCCCUGUGGCAGCAGCCAAGCAUGGAGGAGAUUCUGUGUCUGCUGGAUCGAGAGAAGAUGAUGAAGACGAUUCUGUCCUUCCCUCAGCAUCGCCGGCUGCUGCCAUCGCAGGGGAUACAGGAGUCCCUGUAUAAAGAUGAAAGCGUCAAGAGCCUUGAUAACUUCUAUGAUCCUUGUUUUCUACUUCAGCUCUUCAGUGAACUGACCAGACCAGAGUGUGUGGUGGCCUGUCAGAAGUUUGUGGAAGUCAAUGCCCUGGGGCUCACAGUGGCUGCCCUGAGCAGCUACGACUCCAGCAUGAGAGCAGCUGCGUAUUUUGUCCUGGCUUCCUUCCGCUCCCAUCUGGAAGGGGCUCGCUUUCGAGAGAAGAGCCAGUUGCUGUAUCUCUUGGAUGCUGUGCAGAAUGGAAUCAGGCAGCCAAACCUCAGGUUCACCUUCUCCCUGACCCUCUACAUUGCCCGUGUGGCACAGCAGAUCCUGAAGCCAGAGGACCACAUGUACAUAAAGGUAAACAGAUUCCUUCUGUCACACCAGUACUUGGACCUGAGGAAAGUACCAGGUUUCUUCCAGCUCUUCUACAGUUUUGAUUUUGAGUACAAAGCAGAGCGUCAGUGGAUCCUCAGAUUUCUUGGGGAAGGGCUGCGUGACAAACAUUGCUAUGAGCUUUAUGACUACCAGAGGAUUUUCCAGGUCAUCCUUUCCUUUUUCAACAGCCCUUUGUGUGAUGAGGGCUCCCAGAGUCGUAUUCUGGAGAUAUUACAAAGUGCUGCCCGUGUCACCAGAGGUGCCUAUGAGCUGAUCCAGGAUCACAGCCUCCUCACGUGGGUCCUGCACAGCUUAGAGAAAAGGUUUCUGGAAAACAAGGUGAUAAAUAAAAUUACUUCCUUACUCCAUACUCUGUGGCUAACAAAUUUAGGAGACAAGAGAGGAAACAAGAAUCAAUCCCAGGAGAAGAGGAAAUUUCUUCCUAUUCAGCUUGUAAAUGAAUUUCUGUAUGUUUUGGUCACGUUAAUCAAACAUAUUCGGGCUAAUGCAGAUGUGGCCCAGCUGACUGAGUUCCUCAGCACCCUCAGCUCCGUGCUGGAAUACCGUGCUCUCGUUGUUGAGGCUUUCAGGGAGAUGGGGCGUUUCACGGCCAACGACAGCGUCCUCUCCAGCAGGGAGCUGCUGCUGCUGCUGCACAAGUGGAGCCUUGUCAGCAAAGACCUGCAGCUGCAGGAGGACCUGCAGGCCCUGGCUCAGAAGUACCAAAACAAAGAAUUGCUCAGAAAUAUUAAAGACAAGAACAAACUUCAGGCCUCAUCUCAUGACAGUCAUCACACUCGGGCAAAGAACGAGGUGGAAGAAGAUGACACUGCUGCAGACGUGGAAGUGUCUGAGCUGGAGAAAUGCAGAGAACAUCUGAAUUCCAUACUUGCCCAUUGGGACCCUGAUUUCCCAGCACCACCCUCCACACGGGGAGGGGAGACCCUCAGAGCCGGUGAACCUGGCAGCGAGGCUGUGGCUGUCACCUGUGCCUCCACUCACGUGGUUACUAAGUGGCUGCUGAGGUCCCUGGCUGGGCAGAGCCUCCUCAGGGAGCAGGACGUGUCCCCAGCACUGAGGUGGCUGCAGAACCGCGUCCUGCCACACCCUGCGGCCACGCGGGAGAUGCUCAGGGAUGAGACGCUGAGGAACAACCUCUUCAGGCUUCACACCCGGCUCUGCCAGGCCAGCAGCGCCUCGGCUGGGCUCUGCAGGGAGCUCGGAGUGCUCAGCUCCAUCAUGCUGCAGCUCCUGGAGGAGCAGGGCCUGGCCAGCACCUUCCACGAGCUUGUGAAAUCCCUGUGCACAUCAGCAGCGACAGAAGAGGAUGCAGAUAAGAGAGCUGUUUUUGUAUUCCUGACUUCCGUUUACAUCGGGGACGUGUGGCUCGGAGCACAGCAGCCAGAUCUGUUCCUUACCCAUGUCAGAUUGGUCUGCACUAGUGCAGGUUAUGAAUUACAGGAUGACUUGGAAACUCAGAAACAAGGAGAAGAAACUAUUAUUUCUCUUUGCAAAAAAAUUUGGCUACAUCGGAGCAUUAAUUCAGGGACCUAACAUUUCAUCUUGAAUGUUUUGUGCUCUGCCAUCAUCACUGUGAGCCGUGAAAGCCUCCUGAGCUGUUAUCAUAGAGACCUUACUUCUUUGGUCAAAAAAAUCUGCUUUAUGACUGUGUGCAAACUCAGGGAAAAGAUUUUAUUCAACAGCUCCCACUGGAACAUUAAAGCUCCAAUUUCUCUUUUCUUGAACAGUCUGAGACACAAUAUUACUUACAUCAUUUUUAUUACAGGCUUUUUUACCUUUUUGAAGAACCAGAAGGACUGUCUGGGCAUGUGUGUGUCAUUAAUAUCCAUUUUUAUUUUUAUUACCUUUUUUAAAUUUAAAAAAAAUGCCCCAAUCCAUCACUGCUGCUGCGAUGUGCGACAAAAGCCCAUCUUCCCUCCACUUGGAACGGGUGAGAGAUGGAACUAAACCCCAGAGCAUUUUCUGCUCAUUGAUUAUACCAGAGUUUUAUGGGACUUCUCUGUGAAAUCUGAUAAAUUGUUCCUGAGUGUGGCCAUGAGGGUAGCUGAGCAUGCCAGUGCAGAUCCACAAACAUACAGUGCCAGAAUGAGAACCUUUAAAAUAUAAGGCAGGAUUUAUGAGAUUGACUCACAACUGCGUGCUGCGCCCAGGUCCUUUGUACAAAUACUGUACAGGGGAAAACCAGAACUGCACAUUCCUUGUGAUAGGUAUAGAAUUUUGGGGGUGGGGUAAAUAAAAAUGAGGUGAAAAUGAGGGAUUUGCUUGUACAUGUAAAUAUUCUUGUCCUAAAGGCUCUGUACCAAGACUUGAGAUGAAAAUUAUAUUUCUUUAAAAACCUCCAAGCCCUUUAGAGGCUACAUUUUGUGUCCUGUAGAAUUACUAGCAGGUGCCGUCAGGAAAUCCGUGAGCCACGCCUAGCUGAGCUGAGCUGAGCUGAGGCGAACCAAACCGAGCUGGGCUGAACGCAGUGAGCGGCACCGACUUCUGCCAAAGUGAACCGAGCUUUCCUGAAGAACCCAAUCGAAACGGCUGCAUCCGUAACAGCCGAGCUGUGCUGAAAGCAGCCGAGUUAGCACAGGAACUUUUCUUUCCAGUCCGUCAAGUAGCUAAAUACCAGCAAAUAGCUCUUUCUCCAGGAAGAGAAUUGCACAACUGAUGCCUGUGCCAAUCACUCCGGGGUCCUGCAGUUCAAGGACUGCCUUGGGACUGAAAACAUCUAGUGACAGAACCCUGGAAAAGCAAGCUCUCAUUCACGAGGAGCCGCUUCCUCUUGAAAGUCCAGCUGUCUUGCAAGAGGUGCCGCACAGGGUGAGAUUGAACCUUACAUCAUUCUUUGUUGAAAUCGCCUCUGAGAAACCUUAAUAUGCUUCAAUAGUUUCUGCAGAGCAGCUUAUUCCACCCAGAGCAAUUCAGUGCAUUGUAACAUGCACUGGACUGCUUCCUGUAAUUGCUGUCUUGUGCUCUGCAAGACUUUUAGCAACUUUUCCUUCAGUUUUCAUGGUAGUUAGCAUUUUCUGUUUAUCAAGCACAGCAUUAGAUUCCUAUUUCUGUCUCAGAAAUUUGAUAUGAUGUUUCUGGUUAGUUCUGAUUCACUUCUCCAGAUCUCCAUUUAACUUUUAGCCAUGUUUCUUCUGCCUCCUGUGGAAAUGGACUUAAUGCUUUUGCUGUAACUUUAUCUUGAAAUAUUAAUCAUAAAUGAAUCAUGGUAAAUCAGGUUGAUGUUUUGCUCUACUAAAAUCUUGUGACUGCAGGUAGGAAGAGUUGGGAGCGAACAGUCUGAGGAAGUGGACUGUGGAAGCUGAAGGUUGUCCAGCCAAAGCUGAGUGUGUGGCUCUGACACUGACCAAGGCUGGGAAGAGUUACUGUGUGGACAGUGAAUGUCAGAGCCGGGUGAGCUUUCACAGGAUGAAAGGAGCAAGGAGAGAAUCGAAUGGAAAGAAUUGCUGAGAUCAGGCACCGCAUCUCUUAGAAAAGCUCCUACCCUCCAUCUUCACUGCCCCAGUUUGAAGUAGUGCUCCAGUUUAGCCCGUGGUGAUGGGUCUUACAUCCUUCUCUGUUCAGGUAACUGCAACAUUUUGUUAUUGACAUACCUGCCAGAGGAGCCUACAUUACUCCAGUGUAAUUUGUGAGGCAGUUUCUGCUCUAACAAGUUUUUGAAUGCUGCUCAACUGCAAGAGAGCUCCUUCUGGAUAUUUGAAGACUGUGCCUGCUGAAAGGCUGAGGGGAGACCAGGAUCUGCAAAAUCUCUGACUCUCCGUGUCUUCCCGAGGCUGAAGCCGUGUUUGCUGUCAAUGACAACCCAGUGGAAGACAGUAAAGACUGAAAACUUUGGGUUUUUUCCCCUGAAUCCCACGACUCUCUCUGCAGCUGUGCCCUGCAUAUAAAAGAGUUUCCGGGUUUAGAAGGGUUUUACCUUCUGCAAUAUUAUCUAUAAGUCAAUGAAAAAGAAUCUUACUGUAUCGAUGUGAUGUUACUUUGCUUGAGUUGUUUAAUUAAAGCAUAUCAUUGAUAAGGGGUUUGAGCAUCCCUUGGAUGGCCCUUGGGGCUGGCAGCUCUGA